AUGUACAAGGUAUUGGAGUGCAUUAUCCUGGAUCGACUCAUUAAACAUCGUGAAGAAACAACGCGCGACGAGCAAGCUGGCUUUCGUCUUGGCCGAUCUACGAUUGACCAGGUGUUCAUAGUCAGGAGAGUGAUCGAAAUCUGGCAGCGGUAUUCGAAGCCAAUGCAAUUAGGGUUUCUGAACUUUGAAGCCGCGUUCGACUCUCCUCGCCGAAGCUGUUUUCUCAACGCGUUCCGCGCCGAUGGAGUACCAGGAAAGUUCGUUCGCUUGCUUCAUGACAUGAAUCAACGAACAAGUGCUGCAGUUCGAACACCAGCCGGAUGUACAACACCGUUUGAAGAGGUAACUGGAGUAAGACAAGGGGCAGUGGCAGGACCCUUCCUGUUCAAUUUCGCUAUCGACGACAUUAUGCGAAGAAAAGUCGACCAGUGUCCUGCCGACAUUGUCCUAGCACCAUCAGGGUGCCCUUUGACUGAUCUCGAGUACGCCGACGAUGUUGUUAUAUUCGCGGAAAGCAGUACGAAACUUCAGCAUAUUGUCAACCUUGUAUCGAAGCUGGCUACAGCCUAUGGACUACGUCUACGCCCUGAUAAAUGCAAGCAGAUGUGGAUCUCUUCGAGACCUCGAACGGGAAUCAGGGUGAACGGACAACCGAUAGAACUCGUCGAUGAGUUCUGUUACCUGGGCUGUACGCUGAAGAACAACGAUAGCUACGAGAGAGAUGUUCAGCAAAGAUGCGCUAAGGCCACUUCUGCAUUUAACUCCUUAACGAAACGCCUGUGGUCGACCCCCAUCACCAACGAAGUCAAGCUGCGAGCUAUUCGCAAUUCGCCCUAUCAUAUCCCUAUGAUAUACGGAUCGGAGACUUGGGCAGCACCCUCAACAGUUAUAGUGAGGCUUGACUGCACGGAGCGAAAGUUGCUUAGAAGGUUACUUGGCUACUUUUGGCCUAGGGUAUGUCACAAUGAAGAUCUCUACGCAGAAAUUGAUGUGGUAUACUGGCGGAUGACACGUGGAAGACAUCAACAUCUUGCACCGCCAUCGAAAGUGGCUAAAGUAAAUCGUCUUCGCUUCUUUGGUCAUAUAUUAAGGAGAACGGCAGAUCGCCUUGUUCAACGAGUUCUGAGGAGUUUGCCGGGUUCGAGCUGGAAGAAGCCACUUGGCCGAAAACGGAAGUUCUGA